AUGAAGAAGUUUCUGAAAAGCCGAAAAGGCCGGUUCUCCCUGCGCCAGAGCAAGUCUGGCUCUCGCUCUGCCUCCAAAGACUUCCUCCUCUCGAUGCCGGCCUCCAACCAGGGCUGGCCGACGGACUUCGGCUUCCGGCUUGGGGGGAGCGGGCCGAGCUACAUCCUGUCAGUGGAGGAGGGCAGCAGCGCCUACAUGGCGGGGCUCCAGCCCGGGGACCAGGUCGUGGAGAUUGAGGGGCAGGACGUGUCCACCCUCAGCCCCCAGGCCCUUGUCACCCUGGCGCAGAAGCAGAAGAGUGUCCCGCCCAGCAUCGGCGUGGUGUCCCGCAUACAGCAGCUGGACAUCUCCCCCGGCCCUGACGGCCGCUUCGGCUUCACCAUCGUGGGAGACUGCCCCCUGCUGGUGGAGGACUGCCCGGCCAACUCGCCGGCGGGGCGCUGCGGCCUGCGGGCGGGCGACUACGUGAUGGAGGUGAACGGGAUCCCCGUGAAGCAGCACGAGACGGCGGCGGCCAUGAUCAAGGCGUCGCAGGGGCGCACGCUGCGCCUGGGCGUGCUCGGCCCGGGCCGGCGGCUGAAACGCACCGGCGGCAGCUUCAAGGAGGGCCAGCAGAGCAGCGAGAGCGUGCGGCAGGACCGCACACAGAAGGCCCUGGACUUCAACGUGAAGAUCGAGCAGGUCCUGGGGGGGGAGCCGGAGGUGAAGGAGAGGCUGUUCACCGUCCUGAAGCAGUAUGCGGCGGAGAGGAAGGUGGAGGCCCUGGCAUCCGCCCUCCCCGGCAUCCUGACCAACGAGGAGCAGCGGCAGCUGAUCAACAACAUCAGGAUCUUCAUCCCUAAGAAGCACCGGCAGCGCUUCGACGAGGUGGUCUCCCAGAGCCUGGUGGGCCGCAUCCGGCGUGGCAAGAGCCUGAGCGAGCUGGGCCAGAACCGGCUGCGCCGGAGCCGCAGCGAGGACCACCCCGAGCGUCUGCUGGUGUCCACGCGGGCCAGCUCCGUGCCGCGGGCCGCCGCCGAGGAGGCCGCCGCGCCGCUACCCCGCGGCCUGAGGAAGACCACCUCGCUCAUCGCCGGCCACUCGGCAUCCUCGGCUGGCAGCUGCAGGACAGUACGUGUCUACAAGGGGAACAAGAGUUUUGGGUUUACCCUCCGUGGUCAUGCUCCAGUCUGGAUUGACUCAAUCAUCCCAGGGAGCCCAGCAGAAAAGUCAGGCCUCAAACCUGGAGACCGCAUCCUGUUUCUCAAUGGACUGGACAUGCGGACGUGCUCCCAUGAGAAGGUGGUGUCCAUGCUGCAGGGGAGCGGCGCCAUGCCCACCCUGCUGGUGGAGGAGGGGCCUGUGGGCUUCCCGCCGGUGGAGGCGGAGCCGGUGGACAGGGGGGCCUCCCCGCCCCCGCCCCGCUCGCCGGUGCUCAGCUCCCUGCAGUGGGUGGCCGAGAUCCUGCCCCCCAGCAUCCGCGUCAACGGCCUCACCUUCGCCCAGCAGCUGGAGCACCUCCUCACCCACCAGGAGCGCUACGCCAUCUGCAAGGCCCUGGAGGCCUUCUUCCAGCACAGGAACGUGGACACCCUCAUUGUGGAUGUAUUCCCCCUGCUGGACACCCCAGCCAAGCAGGUGAUCUGGCAGUUCAUCUACCAACUGCUGACCUACGAGGAGCAAGAGCACUGCCAGAGCAAGAUCUCCCGCUUCCUCGGCUUCAAGGCAGCCGCUGCAGCAGCGGAGCCUGACCCGGCCCCCGAGCCCCAUCGGCGCAGCAGCUCCAUGAGGGUGACGGGGACGACCUACAGGAGCAGCGUGAGGGGGAGGAGCUCCGAUGACCUCAUCAUCGGCACUCACCUGGGCAUGGGGAUUCAUCAGGAACCCACAGAGGUGGGGAUGAGGCUGACCCCGGGAGAGAGGCAAUCCGGAGAUGGGACGUCCCUGCCAGAGACCCCCAACCUGACAAAUCUGUCGGCAGUGUACGCAGAGCUGGAGGGUGUGUAUGCGGCAAAGAAGCCCAAGUCAAAGUCUAUGAAGGUCCGGCCCCCCCCUGCCCCGGAGACUCUGGUGGACCCUGAGGCCCUGGCACACUCUUCCCUGCCCUCCCUGCACGGUGACGCAGGCAGUCGUAAACCUGCCCCCCACAUGGCCUGGGAGGAGCCCCUGCCCAGCCCGCAGGGCUACCCACCGGUGCCCCCUGGCAGCGAGACCAACCCCUACAUCAGCCUGGACAGCCCCCCGCCCUCGCCCCCACCCCUGGACUACCCCCCCAGCCCCCCUUCAGCCCGACGCAAGAAGCGCUUCACCUUCUCCCGCCCCCCGCGCAGCAUGGACACCGACAAGUUCCUGGACGCCCUGAGCGAGCAGCUGGGCCACCGCAUCACUGUCGUGGACGACUUCCUGAACCCCGAGAACGACUAUGAGGAGAUGAGUUUCCAGGACGAGGAGGAGGCGGUCUUCAUGUCCCAUGAGUUGAGCAGCCCCAGUGAGUGCCGCAGCACCAGCGGGGACGCCAGCUCCCUGACGUACUCGUCCAGCUCCGAGCACAUCCCCCCUCCCCCCCAGAGCCCGCCCCCGCCCCCACCCAUACAGUUUAAUGACCCCCCUCUGCCCCUCAGCCUCACCCCGGAGCACUCUCCCAGACUGCACCUGCCCUACCACCGCCACCCGGUCCCGCCCCCGCCGCCGCCGCCCCGUGCCAUCCUGCCACACCGCCAGUCCCUGCACAAGGUCCUGCCCACCAGGGAGGAGCUCCUGUCCCACCAGUCCCUCCCGCCCCUCCCGGUGAGCCAGCCCGGCCACGCCCUCCAGCAGGUCCACCCGACUCACCAGUCCCUCCCCCCGCGCCCUUCGCCUGAGCCCACCACACCCACCCAGCAGCUCCGGGAGCAGCCUCACCAGUCGCCCGAGCCCAGGCAGCCUGGCCACGCCCUGCAGCAGGUGCACCAGCGCCACCCGUCUCCCCAACCCACUCCCAGCCACCUGCUUCAGGAGAUGCACCAGGCCCAGCAAGCCCAGCAGGCCCAGCUUCACCAACGUCACCCAUCUCCAGACCCCACCCGUGACCCAGGCCAUCUGCUCCACCAGAUGCACCCAGCCCACCAGAUUCAGCAAGCCCAGCAGGCUCAACAAGCACAACAGGCCCAUACUCACCAACGUCACCCAUCCCCCGAACCCACUCACCCGAGCCAUAUGCUCCAGCAAAUGCACCAAGCUCACCAGAUUCAGCAAGCUCAACAGGCUCAACAAGCCCAGCAGGCCCAGGCUCACCAACGGCAUCCCUCCCCUGAACCUGGUCACCCCAGCCAUCUGCUUCAGCAAAUGCACCAACACCAGAUUCAGCAAGCCCAACAGGCUCAACAGGCUCAACAAGCCCAACAGGCCCAGGCUCACCAACGGCAUCCCUCCCCUGAACCUGGUCACCCCAGCCAUCUGCUUCAGCAAAUGCACCAAGCCCACCAGAUUCAGCAAGCCCAGCAGGCUCAACAAGCACAACAGGCCCAUGCUCACCAACGUCACCCAUCCCCCGAACCCACUCACCCCAGCCAUUUGCUCCAGCAAAUGCACCAAGCUCACCAGAUUCAGCAAGCCCAACAGGCUCAACAAGCCCAGCAGGCUCAGCAAACUCACCAGGCUCACCAGAGGCACCCGUCUCCUAAGCCCACCCAGCAAGGCCGCUCCCUCCAGGAAAUGUACCAGGCUCAGCAAAUGCACCAGAUGCAGCAAGCUCAGCAGGUUCAACAGGCGCGCCAGCGUCACCCAUCGCCUGACCCUGCUCACCCGAGCCAUCUGCUCCAGCAGAUGCACCAUGCUCACCAGAUUCAACAGGCUCAACAAGCCCAACAGGCUCAACAGGCGCAGCAGACCCACCAGCGUCACCCGUCUCCAGAACCCGCUCACCCAGGCCACCCCCUGCCGCAGAUGCACCAGGCCCACCAGGCUCACCAGCGGCACCCCUCCCCUCAGCCCACCCAGCAAGGCCGCUCCCUCCAGGAAAUGUACCAGGCUCAGCAGAUGCACAAGCUCCAGGCUCAGCUAGCUCACGAGGCUCAGCGGGUUCACCAGGCUCACCACAACGUUCAGGCUCAACAAGCUCAACAGGCUCCACAACCUCAUCAGACUCACCAGGGCAUUCAGACUCAACAAGCUCAUCAGGCUCAACAGACUCACCAGACUCACCAGGGCAUUCAGACUCAACAAGCUCGCCAGGCUCAGCAAACUCAUCAGAGCGUUCAGACUCAAAAAGCUAAUCAGGCUCAGCAGACGCAUCAGAGUGUUCAGGCUCAGCAAGCCCACCAGGCUCAACAGACUCAACAGACUCAACAGACUCAACAGACUCAAAAGACCCACAAGCGCCAGGCGUCUCCCCAGCCCACCCACCAGGUCCACCCGCUGCAGCAGAUGCGCCAGGCCCACCAGGCCCAGCCGGCGGAGCCGGCGCCAUCCGCCUUCCACUCCCUCCAGCGCGGCGCACACCAACCCAUCCACCCUUCCAACCAGGGCUCCCAGACGCCCCAGUCCCAGAAAGAGCCCCCGCCCCCUCCGCCCCUACCCCCACCCUGCGUCCCGCCCCCGCUGCCCUGCCCUGCCCCCCAGCGCUCCGACUCCAGCCACAUGAACGUCAAGAGGCUGCGCUGGGAGCAGGUGGAGAACUCCGAGGGGACCAUCUGGGGCCAGCUCGGCGAGGACUCCGACUACGACAAGCUGAGUGACAUGGUGAAGUACCUGGACCUGGAGCUGCACUUCGGAACGCAGAAGAGCCUCAUCUCUCUUCCAGAGCCGGCCCCGACGCCCGAGACUUUUAAAAAGAAAGACGUGGUUGAGAUUCUCUCGCACAAAAAAGCCUACAAUGCCUCCAUCCUGAUUGCCCACCUGAAGCUGUUGCCGGCGGAGCUGCGGCAGGUGCUGAUGACCAUGAGCACGGACCGCCUGGAGGCCUCGCACCUGAAGCAGCUGCUGCUCUACGCCCCUGACGAGGACGAGGUCAAGCAGUACGAGCAGUACAGCGACGACCCCAGCAAGCUCAGCGAGCCCGACCAGUUCGUCCUGCAGAUGUUGUCAGUGCCAGAGUAUAAGACUCGUCUGCGGAGCCUGCACUUUAAGACCGCGCUGCAGGAGAAGACGGAGGAGAUGAGGGGAGGUUACGAAUGCAUCUGCAAGGCCUCCCAGGAGCUCCAGAGCAGCAAGAAACUGGCAAAGAUCCUGGAGUUUGUUCUUGCCAUGGGGAACUAUCUGAACAAUGGUCAACCCAAAAGCAAUAAGAAAACAGGAUUCAAAAUUAACUUCCUCACUGAGCUCAGCACCACCAAAACGGUGGACGGAAAGUCCACCUUCCUCCACAUCCUCGCCAAAUCACUAAGCCAACACUUCCCCGACGUUCUGGGCUUCGCCAAGGACCUUACGACAGUGCCGUUGGCUGCCAAAGUUAAUCAAAGAACGAUUACGUCAGACCUUAAUGACCUCCAGGCCACCAUCAGCGAAAUCAGAACAGCCUGUCAGAAGAUGCCUGCCACACCAGAGGAUCGCUUUGCAGCUGUGAUGAGUAGCUUCCUGGAGAACAGCCACCCUGUGGUGCAGUCCCUGGAGUCCCUGCAGCAGCGGGCCAUGGACGAGUUCGCCAAGGUGGCCUCCUUCUUUGGAGAGGACAGCAAAGCCACCACCACUGAGAGCUUCUUUGGAAUCUUCGCUGAGUUCAUCACCAAGUUUGAGAGGGCGCUGAGCGAGAUCCAGGCCCCGGAGAACCCACGGAGCCCGAGAAUGGCCUCACCCUCUCCGCUGGCCUGGUGAGGUGACACGACGGCCCCCUCUGUCACCCAACCGGCCGGCGCACCUAAGGGAGGCAUGGAGACAACACCCCGGCAGGCCACAACAGAACCAGAUCCCCAGUAAACGCAGAGACCCCCAAUCUAUCGGGCCACACCAGAAACGCAUCGCCGUUUAACACAGAGACCCUGACGUAUUGGGCUACACUGAAAACAUCUUACUCUGGAACACAGAGACAACCUUCAACAUUGAAUCACUUUUUUCCUUGAAUAAUUCCAGUGGAAUAAUGGAACACUGGAAAUACACAAAACAAAGGACCUCCUUUUCUGACAUGGAAUGAUUUACAAACAGGUUAAUUAAUCCAAAUGAAAUAUAACAUUUUGUUUCAGGAUGAGUAACUAGGUCUUAAGCUCCUUGUUUAUGCUGAUUCAGAUGUUUGGAGAUUGUCUGUGACAGUGUUGUCCAGACAAAUCUUGUUAGCUUCUGAAUCGCAUGAAUAUUAAUCAAAUCUAAAUCUACAUUAGUUUGCCACCACUUCACUGGUUGACUUUGUGGACAUUUAAAGUUGACUUAAAAUCAGUAGAAUGUAGAGGAGACAUAUCUGAGGUAUGUAACGAACUGUACAUGUUUGUAUAUUUUUGACAUACAAAUUCACAAUCCAGUGAAAAAAAGGUCUUCAGGAAAAAAGAUAAUUACCGACAUCAUAUGGACAAGUUAUGCUCAUAAUAUAUCACGCAAAAUCUGGUAGCCAACUGUAGAAGUGAUUAAAGUGACUGUCCCUGGUGUGUCGAAAAUGUCAUUGGAGUUUGCCAUCACUCUGCGAAUGGAGAAUGCAUGAAUCAUGCAUGUCCUGGAUUGGACCCCGAUGGACUGAAUCCCUCAGACUUUUGUGGAGACGAUCUCAUUGGACACCAGUGAUUGGGAGGAUUUUUAUCGUUAUUAUUUGGCCUUCUGGGGUUUUAUUGGACAGCUAUUUCCAGUGAGUGCACUGUCACUUUGCCACGCUCGGAUGUGCACGCGUCGAGAACUUCUGUUUAGUCUGAGAAGGGCUGAUAUGACAUGAUAACAUCACAGUAUUAAUGUACAAUUCACGUACACUGAAUAUUAAUUCCAUAGUUUAUUACUCUGUAUAGUAUAGAUGAAUAUUUUAUAGUGGCAUAUCAGUACUGUAUUUUGAAAGCCACCACACUGAAUGUAUAAGAUGGGUGCUCAAUGUAUUAGGAGCUAUUACAAGCUGCUUAAGGUACGUUUACCCAGUGUUCUAGUAAGACAUGAGAUGUCUCGCCCAAUGUGAUAUGUAUUGUUAUGUUUACAUUGUUAAAAACAGUAUUGUCAGUAUAUCACAAGUACAACUUUAAUACAGUAUUGGCAGAGGUGGAAAACCCC